CAAUCCGAUUCCAAUUAAAGCACGACCUAGGUAACGAACUGCAGAGCUGUUCUCCGACCACAUCAGCCGUGACUUAAUUCGGGGUGUGGCGGAGAGGAGGGAUCGAAGGAAGCAGAUGCGCUGGGCGGUGAGAAUGGAAAGGCGACAAGAGGGGAAGAAGAAUGGUAGUCGUAGGCAGUCCAUAAAACGCCGCAUGUGUUGAAAUCUUUUGAAAAAAGUAGGGUUUUGCGCAGCCUUUCUCGAUUCCUCUCCCCUGGCUCCGUUCCGGCGUAUUUGGAGGAGAAGCUUUCGGUGCUUGGAGAGUUAGGGACGGCGCCGCCGCUGUUCCUUUCUCUCGGACUUUGAAGCUGCGGUAAGAUGCAUACUUAGGCACAGUGCUUUGAGUAUCCGCUGAUGUUCAAUUCGUUUAGAUGAUGUUAACAGGCGAGCUUAAAGAAUUUCAAGCAUGAAGGCAAUGGCCACAUCAAAUGAACUUCCAACUCCAGAGUAAAAAUAACAGGGGCAAUCAUGUUGAGGGCAAAGCAAUUGGGCUCUCUGCCUCACUAUGCUCGGCAAUUAUAUCUUAAUGGUACGAGAAAUGGUUGUGCAGAGAGUGCUAAAGGCACUUGCUCAGAUGAUGAGGCUUGUGUUCCCAAAAUAGAACAAGAUAGAGCCAUCAAAGCCACUGCAGUAGGUGUUGCUCCAACAAAAUCUGGUCCGCCCUACUCCCAAAAUGCAGUAGGCCCUAUUAGCCAGCAGAAGUCCAGCUAUAUAGUCUCAGCUAAACAUGUUAUCUCCUCUUCGUCCUCCCUGAGAUCUGACUCAAGUCCUCCAAAAGCAGGUCCAGACAGUUUGAAUGCUUCUGCAAAGAUUGACGUGGUUGACACAUCUAAGAUUACAACUGGACACUUUGUGAAGACAGGUAUUAGAACUGUUGGCAUUUUAUCUGACAAGACCCGAGAAACAAAAUCAAAUCUACAAAACAGUGUUCUUGAUAUUAAGGCAUCGCACGAGAUUAUAACCUCAAAUGGCAAGUUACAUGAUAUUAGUGUUGCUGGUAUUAACACAUCACACAAAGCUAUAGUUUCUAAUGGCAAACUACAUGAAUUCAAUGUUGCUAAGACUAAAUCGUCAUAUGAGACUGUGCCUUCUAACUACAAGUUAGCUGAUACAUCUGAUUGUUCCAAGAGGAUAGAUGCCCUCAACUUCUAUUCCAGUUGUUCCAUUAACACUGUAGACAAACCUGCAUCAUCUGCUAAUGCGAGUGUUAAGCAAAAUGGUAUGGGUCUGAUUGGAUCAUCUGUUGGUACUAAUGGUGUUUCGUCUGAUGCAAAAUGCCAAAGACAGUCUAGUCGGCAAAAGGUGAAAUUUCAUUCUAAUGACCUCUCCUCUGAAUUAAAGCCAGGAGGGACCUCCGAAAAGAAAAUGACAGGUUCAUCUAUGGAAACUGCUGGAUCCACCAAUAGGUUCCAGAAUCCAGUCAGAUAUGCAAAGGCACAUGUUGGAAGUUAUCCAUCUGCUAAUCGUAAGGCAAAAUCAGGAUAUGUGAUUGAUCUAUAUCGCCAGACUUUGCAGCAGUUGAAAUGGGGAUCAACAGCUAAAGAGGCUUUGAACAAUCUGCAACACAAGAUCAAUCCAUACCAAGCCAAUCAAGUGUUGAAAUCACUCAAUGAUCACUUUAUGGCUCUUGAAUUUUUCAAAUGGUUAAGAUCACAACCUGGGUUUAGGCAUGAUGGGCACACUUACACUACCAUGAUUGGCAUCCUUGGACAUGCUAGGCAAUUUGCUGCAAUGAGAAGAGUCAUAGAAGAGAUGGCUGCGGAUGGUUGUCAACCGACUAAGGUAACUUACAACCGUCUCAUACAUGUUUAUGGCCGUGCUAAUUAUUUGGAUGAAGUUGUCAAAGUGUUCCUGGAGAUGCAGAAAUUUGGUCACCGGCCAGAUCAAGUAACCUAUUGUACACUCAUUGACAUAUAUGCAAAAGCUGGCCACUUGGAAGUUGCGCUAGAUUUAUAUCAGAAGAUGCAAGAAGAAGGCAUCUCACUGGACACUUAUACAUGCACUACAAUGGUAAAUUGUUUUGCAAAAAGUGACCAUCUUUCUGAUGCAUUUAAUAUGUUUCAUGAGAUGAAUGGACGAGGUUGUGAACCUAGCCUUGUUACUUACAACAUUAUGAUCCAUCUUCACGCCAAACGCAAAAACUAUCCCAAGGUGGUGAAGCUUUAUAAAGAAAUGCAGGUUGCUGGUUUUCGUCCUGAUAUGAUUACAUAUAGCAUUGUGAUGGAGGCCCUAGGUCAUGAUGGUUAUCUUGAGGAAGCAGAAGCCGUUUUUAAGGAAAUGACAAGGGAUUGGGUGCCUGAUGAACCUGUAUAUGGGCUUUUGGUGGAUUUGUGGGGUAAAGCUGGAAAUGUUGAAAAGGCUCGGGCAUGGUAUCAAGCAAUGCUUGAUGCUGGUCUGCAACCUAAUGUGCCUACGUGCAACUCAUUGAUAAGUGCAUUUCUUAAGGUACACAGUUUCACCGAUGCCUAUGAUUUUUUGGUAAACAUGCUAGGACUGGGAUUGGUUCCUUCUCUUCAGACAUACACCCUUCUCCUCAGCUGUUGUACUGCAACACACGAGAUGGGCCCUUGUUGCGAGCUCAUGGCCAUCACAGGCCAUCCAGCUCAUUCUUUUUUGCUGUCUUUACCAGAUCCAGAACCAAACGGAGAGAAUGUCAAGGCACAUGCGAGUGGUUUCUUCAACUUGGUGCAUAGUGAAGACAGGGAGAGCAAGAGGGGGCUUGUGGAUGCCAUUGUUGAUUUCCUUCGUAAAUCAGGCCUCAAGGAGGAGGCUGGACUGAUUUGGGAGGUAGCUGCAGAGAGAAAUGUGUACCCUGAUUUGGUCAGGGAAACUCAGAGGUCUAAUUGGAACAUCAAUCUCCAUGUCAUGUCCGAGGGCACUGCCAUUACUGCAUUGUCCCGGACACUUGCCUGGUUCCGCCGACAGAUGCUUGCUUCAGGCGUAUGCCCGCAACGUGUUGAGAUCAUCACCGGCUGGGGUCGUCGUAGCAGGGUAACUGGUUCGUCGUUGGUCAAGCAUUCUGUACAGGAGUUGCUGAAUGCUUUCAACUUUCCAUUCUUCACUGAAGAUCGCAACUCAGGUUGCUUUAUUGGGCAGGGGGAAUUCCUUAACAGGUGGCUGCUUAACUCUUAUGUCGAACGCAUGCAUUUGUGGUAGCUAUUUAUUUUGCCUUCAGGGAUUGUAACCCACAACAACAAUUUUGUUGAGCAAACUUAUCAUUGGUUAAGCUUGUUUAGAAGGCUAUAAUAAAUCGAAUUGAUAAUAUUUAUUGCUA